AUGCAUUUUAGCAAACUUGCGGCAGCGGUUGCCGCUUUGGCUUCUUUGAGCGCUGCCACAAUCUCGAAAGAGCAUCCUUCGCAUGAACGCUCCAACGGACAGUCGUUGAAUCCUCGCUUGACCAAUGUCCCAUUGGCGGCUCGAGAUUUACCAAUUGGCACUUGCAAUUCUGGGACCCCUUGCGCCAACGGCGCUUGCUGCAGUAAGACCAAUCUGUGCGGAUACUCCAAGGAUUUUUGUGGAAGUGGAUGCCAGCAUAAUUGCGACGCAAAAGCUCAGUGUGGACCUUACGCCGCUGCCGGUCAGCAAAAAUGCCCUCUCAAUGUUUGCUGCUCCGAGUUCGGUUACUGCGGAUCCACCAAGGAAUUCUGUGCCUGGAAAAACAAGGAUGAUCCAUUGUAUCCAACAUGUGACACCAAAUAUGGUGGAUGUGGCGAUGUUCAUAGGCCCAGCUGUGGAGGAGGUAGCAGCGUGGACAAACGUAGUAUUGGCUAUUACGAGUCCUGGGCGAAUUCAGACUCCCGCAAAUGUCAAAAAGUCGCCCCUGAGGACCUCAACCUCGAUGGUUUCACCCAUAUGAACUUCGCGUUUUCAUUCUUUGACCCCUCAAGCUUCCAGAUUGCCCCGAUGGACUCGAAUGGUGCGUCUCUCUACAGUCGUUUCACUGCCUUGAAGAGCAAGAAACCAUCGCUGCAGACCUGGAUCUCUGUGGGAGGAUGGUCUUUUACCGAUCCAGGUCCAACGCAGACCGCUUUCUCCGAGAUGACCAGCACUUCGGGAAACCGUCAGAAAUUCAUUAGCGGUCUAAUCAAGUUCAUGGACACAUACGGUUUUGAUGGGGUGGACUUGGACUGGGAAUACCCAGGAGCCGAUGACCGUGGCGGCAAAUCGCAAGAUACAGCCAACUAUGUCUCUCUCGCUGCCGAGCUGAGAGCAGCGUUCGGAACGAAAUAUGGCAUUUCCAUGACGCUUCCCACUUCUUACUGGUACCUACAGCAUUUUGAUCUACUGGGCAUACAGAAAUCCGUUGAUUGGUUCAACUUGAUGGCUUACGACUUGCAUGGUGUAUGGGACGCACAGUCCAAGUUCGUUGGGCCGUACAUUGCGCCACAUACGAACAUUACUGAAAUUGACCUCGGCUUGGACUUGCUCUGGCGCUCUGGAGUAGAUCCUGCUAAGGUGGUCAUGGGACAAGGUUGGUAUGGCCGAAGUUUCACCCUCAAAGAUCCUUCCUGCAACAAACCCAAUGGCAUCUGCGAGUUUUCUGGAGGCGCCAAAGCCGGACCGUGUUCCAAUGCCGCAGGCAUACUUGAUUUGGAAGAAAUCGACGACAUCAUCACUAAAAACAACGUCAAGCCUGUCCACGAUGAGACAGCGGCCGUCAAAUGGAUCACCUGGGACAGCGACCAAUGGAUCUCAUACGACGACGACGACACGUUCAAGCAGAAGAAAGACUUUGCAAAUAGCCGAUGCUUGGGCGGACUCAUGGUCUGGGCCAUGGAUCAGGUUGAUCAAACAAAACCUAAUGGGCUUGGUCCUGCCUCGACAGUCUCCGUGACUCCUCCGCAGCAGAGCAACGCAAAUCAAAUGUCCGCCGACCAGCUGGCAGGGCUUACAUGCAAAGCCUCUGCGUGCGGUGCUGGCUGUCCUCCUGGUACGAAUGCUGUUACACAGAUGAACGGACAACCCGGUCAGUUGAGUACCACAGAUCGCUGUCCCAAGAAACAAUACCAGACGCUUUGCUGCCUUGAUGGAACACAAACCGGCAAAUGCCAAUGGCGUGGGUGGAAAGGUGUUGGAUUACCCUGUGUUAGCGGCUGCAAGGAUGGUGAGACGGAAGUCAGCCAAAACACGAACAACCACGACUCGAAAAAGAAGAGCCAAACCUGUAACGGUGGGCUGCAGAGUUACUGCUGCGCCGGGUUCAAACCCUCGCUUACGAAAGAUCAGCUGGAGCAGGAUGCUGGUAAUUUUGCAAAGGAAGCAGCAGAAGCAGCAGCUGCUCAAGCAGCCCUUGACAUAGCCGCCAAAGCCUUCUGUCGUAUCGCCGUCCCUGUUCUGCUGGCGCCACUUGAGUUGCUAGAAGACCUGAUCCCAAUCGCCGGCGAGAUCGCGGAUGCCAUAGAGGUCGCAGCCACGCCAGCCAUCAUCGAAGGCUGCGUCAAGGGCAUUGAAAAAGAAGGCAAAGCCGAGUUUAAAGUUUUUGGAAAAGAACACACCCUCGACAUCAACAAGCCCACAUCAACAGACAAAGACCUGCCGGCGCCCAAAAAGCAUGACCCGCCCAAAAAAAGCGACGACGCUUGCGAAAAGCCCGACAAACUGCGGAAGCGGGUGGGCGUGCAAGCUAAGAGGGAGGACCGUGACAGUGAUGCGUUCAAGGCCCUGGCUAGGGCGGCCGGAAAACCCAAUGAGUUCUGGAGAACUGGCCAGGGCUGGGCCAUUCGUGAAGCUUACCCUUGGGCAGGAAACGUGAUACCCAAUCACUACCUCCUUGUCGUCGGGAUUGUUUCGGUCAAGCUGACCAUGGAACCAAUCAAGGAUUGCCGCGGCAACACCGUCAACCAGAAGAAUAUAUAUACCCGUGACUACAUUGCCCAAUCGUAUGAAAUCAGGUACGACGACAACUAUAAGUGCGUCUUCGGCAAGUUUGCCUUUGAUGUUUGGCAUAAAGCAGGCUUAACUUGGGCCAACAUGGGACCCAUUGAUGCAAAAUACCAAACGCUGGCGGACAUCGAGGAGGUCGCUCAAACGAAGGCUGACGCAAUGGGCCAGUACCAUCUCGUCACGAACAAUUGCAGGGUCUACACAAACAAUCUAUAUAAUGCGCUGAAGUAA